GGGUUUUAUUGUUUACGUCAUCAUCGGUCACAUUCCGUUACUGACUGUCAACUCUGAGAAAGCUGUCUGCGGUGCUCGUCUUCUGGAGUCAUGUUUUCCAAGGCCACUGCCAACUUCGUCCGUGAGAUUGACCCCGAAGGACUUCUCAUCCACGUCUCUCGAGUAAAUGACUCUCACAAACUGGUUCCCAUGGCCCUCGUGAUCAAACGCAAGCGCUGGUUUUGGCAGAGACCCAGGUACCAACCAACAGAUUUCACUCUCGGCGACUUGUUGCUGGGUGACAAGGAGCUCAUGCCGGGAGUGUCAGAGUCAGAAUUCUUGACCUACAAGGGGACAUACGGAGCUAAACUUGCUAGUGAUCUGGGCCCCGAAGUCGGCUCUGCAAGUAUCAGACUGGAGGGGCGUGGCACUACCAAGCUCCAGUCAUGUUUUGGCCAGCUGAAGAAAGAGGAGGUGAAUGUGAAGAAGCUAUUACUUGACUCUGACAACAGGUUGGUGGACAUGCAGCACGUGCUGGUGAGGCAGAUAGAGAAGCGGGCUGAGGUGGUGGGGCUAGUGAAGGAGAGGAUCCUCACCACCAGCCCCUGCUCCAUCACCCAGACAAAAGUGGAAGAGUGCACCUUUCAAGGGGUGCUCGGGCUGGUUGGCAUGCUGGGGAGCUCGGUUAAGGUGUGUGUGAGGGACAGCAACAGCAUUGAGAUAGACAGCGAUGUUUCUGUGGAGAUCCCCUCUGGUACAGUCAUCGCGUACAGCAUCCUGGAACUGGAGGUUAAAAAAGACGGACAAUACUACAUAUGUCUACAACCUGGUGCAAUUGGAGGGUUUGAGUCAGACUCCAUCUCGAGGUCCUGGCCUUCUGAUGAUAGCUUCGACACAGUGGAUGGAAAUCACAUGGAAAAAGUCCUUUCUCCUCUGGCAAAGCUCCCCCAGCCGACCCGAUGGGCUUUAUUCAAGAAGCUCCAAGAAACUCUGAAUGACAGAGCUGCUCUGUCAUAUCUGCAGCUUGUGCUUGAAGAUUUGUGUAGCAAUGAAAUACACAAUGGGACCCCAAAAGAAGAGCAACCCAGUGCAGAGAGUCCCACUGAAAGCACCCUAAAUGCAGCGCACCUGUUGGUCAGUGCCAUGGAAGAGUUGCCCAAUGAAACCCUGGAACUUCUGAGCAAGAGCGCUCCUGAUUUUCUGCAGGCUUUCAACAUGCUGGCGUGCAAGCUAAAGAGCAGCGAUGUUCUCAACAUUCAGUCUCUUCCUGCCCUGCUGCAGGAUAACCAGGCCUUUCAGCUGGCAGAGCAGCUACUUUCCUCCGCCAGUGUGAUGCUAAGGAGAGACGCUGACCGCCUGUGGAUGGAAACCAGAGAUAAUGCAGGAGUUCUACCAGUGGUCCUCUUCCUCAGCAUCCAUGGAUUGUGUUUGCUCUGCAAUGCACUUUAAUAGUUGUAGUGCCUGAGUGUGCACUCCCUCUCCUUUUUUAUUGAUUGUA